CGUGGCUGAUAGAGUAACAGAUAAGUGAAACUCCGAAAAACUUUUCAGUCUAUCUUCUUCUUCUUCUUCUUCAAGCUCUCAACAAUGGCGCUGGCUUCUUCUCCUGCUCCUCCACCAUGCUUCUCUCUCCUCAAUUCACACUCUUCCUCCAACAACAAACCAUUUUCUCUGUCUUACUCCACCUUCAACUCUACUAACCUCACUCGCCGCCGCAACUUCCACCGCUCACCACCGGCGUUCAGAAUUCGCGCCACCGCAACUGUAAAUGCCGACAAUGGUGCCGCUGUUUCCGACGCCGAAACCCCUAAAGGUGCUAAUUAUGGACGCCAAUUCUUCCCCCUUGCUGCUGUUGUUGGACAGGAUGCCAUAAAAACUGCACUUUUGCUUGGAGCUAUUGACCGUGAAAUAGGAGGGAUAGGCAUUUCAGGAAAGCGAGGGACAGCAAAAACAAUUAUGGCCCGUGGUUUACAUGCCAUUCUUCCACCUAUUGAUGUAGUUGCGGAUUCCAUUUCAAAUGCUGACCCAUCCUGUCCAGAAGAGUGGGAAGAUGGAUUGGCUGAUCGUAUUGAGUAUGAUUCGUCUGGAAAUAUCAAGACCAAAGUUGUAAAAUCUCCAUUUGUACAGAUUCCUCUCGGUGUUACGGAGGAUAGACUUAUUGGGUCUGUUGAUGUUGAGGAAUCUGUGAAAUCAGGAACUACUGUUUUCCAGCCAGGACUACUGGCUGAAGCUCAUAGAGGUGUCCUGUAUAUUGAUGAGAUAAACCUUCUGGAUGAAGGGAUUAGUAAUCUUCUCCUGAAUGUUUUAACCGAGGGUGUGAAUAUUGUUGAAAGAGAAGGAAUCAGUUUUCGUCACCCGUGCAAGCCUCUGUUGAUUGCCACCUAUAACCCAGAAGAGGGUGCUGUACGUGAGCAUUUGUUGGAUCGUGUGGCAAUUAAUCUAAGUGCAGAUCUUCCGAUGAGCUUUGAUGACCGUGUUGCAGCUGUUGGAAUCGCUACACGGUUUCAGGAACAAACUAAUGAAGUAUUUAAAAUGGUCGAGGAGGAAACAGAAUUAGCAAAAACACAGAUCAUUUUGGCACGGGAGUACUUGAAAGAUGUUACUAUUAGCAAGGAGCAACUAAAAUACUUAGUCAUGGAAGCAAUGCGAGGUGGUUGCCAGGGCCACAGAGCUGAGUUGUAUGCUAUGCGCGUUGCCAAGUGCCUGGCUGCUUUUGAGGGACGUGAAAAAGUUGGCGUGGAUGACCUGAAGAAAGCUGUUGAACUGGUAAUUCUUCCUCGUUCGAACAUCCAAGAGAGGCCCCCAGAAGAUCAAAAUCAGCAGCAACCUCCACCACCACCACCUCCUCAACAGAAUCAAGACCCAUCUGAGGAGCAAAAUGAGGAAGAAGAUGAAGAUAAAGAGGAUGAGAAUGAUGAGGAGAAAGAUGAUGAGAACGAACAACAGCAGGACCAAUUACCCGAGGAAUUUAUCUUUGACGCAGAAGGAGGUUUGGUGGAUGAGAAACUUCUUUUCUUUGCUCAACAAGCUCAGAGACGCAAAGGGAAGGCUGGGAGAGCAAAGAAUGUCAUAUUUUCAGAAGACAGAGGCCGCUACAUUAAGCCAAUGCUUCCAAAGGGUCCUGUCAGGAGAUUAGCCGUGGAUGCAACUCUUAGAGCUGCUGCUCCAUAUCAAAAACUGAGGAAGGAGAAGGAUGUUCUCAAGGAGAGGAAAGUUUUUGUGGAAAAAACGGACAUGAGAGCAAAAAGAAUGGCUAGAAAAGCAGGAGCUUUGGUUAUAUUUGUGGUUGAUGCUAGUGGGAGUAUGGCGUUAAACCGUAUGCAGAAUGCAAAAGGUGCAGCACUUAAGUUGUUGGCUGAGAGUUAUACAAGCAGAGAUCAGGUUUCUAUAAUUCCAUUUCGUGGAGACGCUGCAGAAGUUCUCCUGCCUCCUUCCAGAUCAAUUUCCAUGGCAAGAAAACGUCUCGAGAGGCUUCCAUGUGGUGGAGGUUCUCCUCUAGCUCAUGGUCUUACAACGGCUGUGAGGGUUGGACUAAAUGCAGAAAAAAGUGGGGACGUUGGACGCAUUAUGAUUGUUGCCAUAACCGAUGGUAGGGCAAACAUAUCGCUGAAACGAUCUAAUGACCCAGAAGCAGUCACUGCAGAUACCCCUCGGCCUUCUUCAAAAGAGUUAAAGGAUGAGAUACUUGAAGUGGCUGGUAAAAUAUACAAAGCAGGAAUGUCGCUGCUUGUCAUUGACACGGAGAACAAAUUUGUUUCAACCGGCUUUGCCAAAGAGAUAGCCAGAGUAGCUCAAGGAAAAUACUAUUAUCUGCCUAAUGCAUCUGAUGCUGUAAUCUCGGCAACAACCAAGGAAGCUUUGGCAGAUUUCAAAAACUCAUGAUUAUUACAUACAUAGAUUAUGUUGUCAACUAAAGAAAGGAAAAUGUAUCUUCAAAAUGCUUCAAAUAUUUUGUAGAUCUCGAUAUAAUUAUUAUGUUAAUAGGUUCCGAUGUUUUGGUUGAUUUUUGUGCUGAAGAGAUGCCGGAAACCCCAUCUCAUUUUUGUAUCUUAUCAGUAAUGUGUUAUAUAGAUUAUUGAUUCUUUGCAA